CUUUAGUUCCUGAUGAAGCUCCAAGGUUAAGUCGUAUUUCCACCAUAACACCUAUAAAUGGCAGCGGACGUGAAUAAAAAACACUGCAAUGAACAAAGAUACCUUGCUCAAUCAGCUGUCCUGAGAUACCUGACCGUUAUGAUGUAAUGGCCCUGCGUAACGCUUCCUCCGCCUGCAUGGCUGGACUCGCGGCUUCUAUAUAUAAGCGAGGCGCCGCUGGCCAUGGCAGAACAAACUCCACUUGGAACUCGUCAACAAGACAAACAUUACAGAUACAAAAUGGGAGACAAUAGAACACUGGUGAACAGCUGCUGCUGUGGCUGCUCAUUGCGCACCGGCACACUCAUCAUAGCUGCCCUCAGUUUGAUAUAUGGGUUGCUUGGCGUCGCUUACAGCAUUUACAUUAUCGUUGCUGGGGUGACUGAGGGCUGGCUGGACCUGGUCUUGGCUCUCCUCAACGUCAUCUUCGCCAUCAUCCUCAUCGUGGGUGUGCGCCAGUGUCGCCGACGCCUGGUGUUGGCGUGGGUGUGGGCUGCUGUCUUGAGCGUGAUUUUGGGCAUCGUGUUGGGCGUCCUCUACGUCAUCGUCACCCAGUCCUUCGUCGUCGCUAUCAUCAUUGGGGUGAUCUCUGCCAUUCAAGCUUACUUCGUGGUGGUGGUGCACUCCUUCGCCCAGACCCUGGACGAGACGCAACAGGGAGCGUAAACUGAGCAGUAUCACGAGUCUUCUAUACGGCAUUCUCAUAUCGUGUGUGCUCGUAGCCCCAAGCUUUCAGAUUUAAUUGCCAUGAAGGAUGUAACGAUUUUGUACUCAUUUUUAUGCUGUUAUUUAUAAUUAUUGAUGUUUCUUGUUAGCCAAUAAGUUUGCUUAUUAAAUUACUAUUUAACCAUA